UCUUGUGAAAGGGAGAGGUGGAGGAAGCGAGAGAGAGAGAGGCAGGACAGUAGUGCUCUCGAGCUCUCCCGGAUUUCCACCUGACUGCUCGGGAAGCGGGAUUCUGGGACAGCAGAAUGUUGAGUUUGGGGAGCGGAGGAGCCAAGUCCUCUAAACCGUCAUUUGUGUCUUAUGUGACUCCCGAGGAAAUAAAAUUGGAGAAAGACCCACAGAAGAAAGAAAAACAUCCUGAUUUGCUUCCAGGUGAAGUGGUGUUCUGCAGUGCCAAUCCCAUUCUCAAAUACACUCAAGAUGACCUCUCCCAGCGUGGCGUCUUUGGCACUUUGCUCUGCACCAAUUUUCGUGUUGCUUUCAUCAGUGAUGAUGCACCACAGGAAGAGAUGUCCAAGACCUUCAAGAACAAACUCUAUGGUGAAAAUGACAUUCCAUUAAUGUGUGUGGAUCACAUCUAUGGUGUUUAUGAUGAAAAGAGGAAACUGAUAACAGGAGGCCUUGUGAAGAACAAAUGUCCAUCCAAAAUGAUCAUUCACUGUAAAGAUCUUCGAGUCUUUCAGUUCUGUUUAACAUUCUCCAAGGAGGAAGAUGCCAAAAGGAUCUUUCAGGGAAUUGCUCACCAUUGUUUGGAGGAAAAAUCUCUCAAGUGUGUUUUUGCCUUUUCUUAUUUAAGGUCAACGAACCCAGACCAUGGCAAAUCUUCCAGAAAGUGUAUUACUCGACUAGAUAGCAAAUCUGAAAUGCUGAGAAAACGAGAGGCAAUUAUGUUCGACUCACCAGAGGAUUGGACCCAGGAAAUGAAACGGACCAAAGCACAAUGUAGAUUAGUCACUGAAAAUGAGAACUUUGAACUGUCUCAAAGGUUGCCACAGUACUUUGUCAUCCCAUCAGCACUGGGUGAUUUAUUCAACUAUCAGGGGAAGGGACUACCAAUCUGGUGCUGGUCUCAUCACAGCGGUUGUGCUCUCUUCAAAGCAUCUUUCCCAUCUAUGACACAGGAAGAUGGGGAUUUUCAAAGCCACUUGGACACAAUGAUUACUGCAGUCGCACGGAACUACCUUUAUUCAGUAAAAACAGAAGACCUCUCUGAAUCACUUCCUACUCUCCAAGACAUCCAGCAGUCAUAUAACAAGUUCAAACAAUACUUUCUCAUCGAUAAUACAACAGAUUUUUGGUUAUCAGAUGUUAAAUGGUUCUCUUCUCUUGAGAGCUCAGGAUGGCUGGACAUCAUUAGACAAUGUCUCCAAAAAGCAGUAGAGGUGGUGGAAUGUCUUGAAAAAGACAACACAAAUGUUCUUAUAACGGAGGAAGAGGGGACAGAUCUGUGCUGUGUGAUCUCCAGUCUGGCUCAGAUAAUGCUGGACCCGUAUUACAGAACACUGAUGGGUUUCCAGAGUCUGGUGCAGAAGGAGUGGGUGGCUGGUUGCCAUGCCUUCCUGGAUCGAUGCAAUCACCUCCAUCAGAAAGACAAGGAGUGUCAUUCUCCAGUCUUCCUCCUGUUCCUGGAGUGCGUGUGGCAGCUUGUUCAGCAGCACAGCCCGGCUUUCCAGUUUUCCGAAACCUACCUGACUGUGCUAUCUGACAGUGUUCAUGUGCCAAUCUUCAGCACCUUUCUCUUCAACUCUGCUCAUCACCGAGAAAGUGUAAUGAAGGCCGAGUCACCGAUUGCACAAAGCAGGCCAUUGAGCUGCCCUACAGUGUGGGACUGGUCGGUGCAGUUUGACAGCAAGGCCCAGAAUUUCUUCUUUAACCCUCUGUAUUCAGAGAAGGUGAAACAUGAGAGAACUGUUCGUAGACCUCACAAACACAAGCACCAAAGGCAGUUAUCCUUGCCCAGCUCAGCUUUCAAAACCCCAACCAAGAAAGGCUUCUUCAAAGACGAGACCGACAGCCUUAAGAAGAUGCUCCGAGUGAAGCGUAUCAGUCGCUGGAUGGGCUCUCCAGACUCUCCCGUCGUCGCCAGCAGAGAGUUUUACGAGUCCUGGCAGCAGCGUCCCCUGGACUAUCACGGGCUCCUGCUGCCCUCUUUGGACGGACCGUCUGUCCGCAUCUGGAUGCAGCGCUACCUACGCUGGAUCCCUGAAGUGCACAUCAUGGGUGGAGGCUCGGUGGCCAUCAUGACCAAGCUGAUGGAGCUGCUGAGUCAAGUGGAGGAUCUGAAGCGUGUGCUGGAGCAGAGAGACCCAUCGCUGGCCACUCAACCCGAUCACCCUCCACCUCUUCACCAUCGGCUGCCCUCAUUCGGUUCCUCAGGACGACUCUCAUCCUCGUUCCCCUUCACUUACAGCCGCAACCGUUCCUUCAAACCCAUCAUUCCCACAGGUCUAAUGCAAAGCCUCAUGGUGGCCGAUAAUCUGGCCAAUCAGGAGGACGAGACCAGUUAGGCUGAGAGUUUGGUUUAAUAGGAAAUCUGUUUCCAUCCAUUAAUGGUUAUAUUAUUUAAUAAGUAUAUUAUAAGGUAGAUACAGGAUUAAAGUGGCCUUGAAGGUGUAUAAAGUGCCUUUGGUGCUAAAGCGGGUCUUUUUUUGAAGUAAAACAGGGUUUUGUUCAACUAAAUGUGCCCUACUGUAUUGAAAACAUAACAUGAAAAUUUAGACAGGAUGUAGACUUUUUUUUUUGUGGAAGUUUUUUUAAGAACAGUACCUAGUAUUUUCCUCUUGCUCAUCACAAAACAGGAACAGGAUACAGGCUUGAACAUCCAGGCUUUCCAUUGUGUAAAGUGUUACUUAAAAGGGAUAUCGGAAUAGCUGUUGUCAAUUUGUUCUCCCUCAGAUCAUUCAAGAUGCACCCUUUUUCUAAAUAAGAACAUUUUUACCUGGUAAUAAUGUGGUCCUUGGUGACUACUAAAGUGUAAGUCUACAGCUUCCUGGACUUGGAAAUGUUAAAAAAACAUAUACGGGAAAAUCUAAAUUUAUCCUACUGAUUACUGAUGAUUUGUUAAGCACAGGGAACUUGUGCUCCAGAGGCACUCAGGUUGGUUUUUCAAGGAUAUGGAAAGAAUGUUCAGUUUGUUUUUCAUUCAGUUAUGCUUCACAUGGAGCCACAGAUAUUAAAUGUUUUGCCUAUAUAUGUUUUUUUUUCACCCUCAAAGUGUUGUUAGCUGUUGACAUGCAUUUUAAAAAUCAGCAAGUACCAUAGGUUGAGCUAAAAAUCUUCAUUGUUCUACUGAAGGAAAAAAAGUCACCUUUGCGUUUUAGAUGGCAUGAGGGUCAGUAUAUCAACAGCAAAUGUUCAUUUUUGGAUUACUAAACAUUUAAAAUCGAUACCAAGUAACAUUCCAUACAGUAUUCCAUUACAGUGAUCAGAAUGAGCUUAUUUUGAAUAAUAGAAAAGCUCAAUCCAGCUUGUUUUCAGCUUUUUCUGGCAGGGAGAACUCUGAAAUGUUGUCAACCUUCAGUUAUAUAAAUGUUGAAUGUGUGAAGAAGAACUUAGAUUUUUUUAAGACCAUUAUAUGAAAACAGGAUGUAUAGAACGACACACGUCAGUUUCAGUGCUCUAUUGCAAAACACACAUUGUUUUGUGUGAAUCGGAUCUGUCCAUCAAUAGGCUGUCUUUUAUUUCAUUCAGCCUUAGCUGCUAUCAUUUUUAGAACAUUAUGCGAUCAGUUCACACUUUUAGAACAAAGGAGCACAAACAAAUAUUACUAACUUUAUUACAAUGAAAUUGUAAGGACAUGAUAUUGGUGAUGCAAACCAUUCAUUUUUUUAUUUUUUUUUGUGAUGAUAUAGAUCAACCAAGCAUCAGCAUCACCAUGGGUAUUUUAGUCAGUGCUUACACAGAUACAACAGUGGUGUUUGUGUGGAACUCUAUAUAUGUAUGGAUCUAACAACAAUAAAUGUAUGUGUAUAAAACUAAAUAAAUUAGAAAUAAUUUUAUACGGUAAGAUAAAAAAAUCAUCAUAAACUGCUAAUCCUUGUAACUAUUGAAACAUAAGCUAUUGUCAUACAGUAUCUGCGUUUGUGCACAUUUUCUUCUGUUUUUCUGCGGUGCCUACAGAACUACUGCCCCAAAUUAACAGGCACUUCAGUCACAUAUUGUCUUCAGUGUCUGUUGUGCAUCACUUUCUGUGUUUUUCUGCUGUUGUAAUGUACUGAAACUGAUGUAAGCUCCUGAAAGCACUGAACAGCUGGCAGAAGUGUGGAGAAAGCAGUUUCCUGACCAUUUUUGUGUUUUUGUUUGCAUUUUUCACUUUUGUUUUGCACUACUGCUCUUUGCCAGUCAGUCACUGUUACUUGAACAGUCAGAUGUGAGUCUGGUUCUGUUCACUUCAGUUCAUCACUGCUCUUGUGUUUGACAAGGUGAACUUGAAACUUACAGAAACGUAUUACUGUAUCAUUUUUUAAAAUAUUUUUCUAUAACUAACUUUAAAGUUCAUAUUAUGAGAGUUUGGCUUUGGAUGUGUAUGAAAUAUUGCUUUAUUUUGGAACAUUGAUUUUGAGAUUAUUAUUUUCAUGUAAAAGUAGCAAAUACUUUUUAUACUCACUUGAGAAAUAUGUACCUUUCACUUUAUGGCCACAAAAUAUGAUUGAAAUAAAAAAAUAGAUCAGUACUUUGCAAUCAUGA